CUGCACUACGGGACCCUUCUGGGCAGCAGAGCUUGUGUCCACAUGGCAGCAGCUGCCUGGGGCAGUGGGUUUCUCAAUGCUGUGCUGCACACGGCCAAUACAUUUUCUAUACCACUCUGCCAGGGCAAUGCUGUGGACCAGUUCUUCUGUGAAGUUCCCCGGAUCCUCAAGCUCUCCUGCUCAGACUCCUACCUCAGGGAGGCUGGACUGCUUGUGGUUAGUGUCUGUGUAGCAUUUGUUUGUUUCAUUUUCAUUGUGGUGUCCUAUGUGCAGAUCUUCAGGGCUGUGCUGAGGAUCCCCUCUGAGCAGGGACGGCACAAAGCCUUUUCCACGUGCCUCCCUCACCUGGCCGUGGUCUCCCUGUUUAUCAGCACUGCCGUAUUUGCUCACCUGAAGCCCCCCUCCAUCUCCUCCCCAUCCCUGGACCUGGUGGUGGCAGUUCUGUACUCGGUGGUUCCUCCAGAACCAAUGAUGCAUCCAAACUGGGAAAGUAUUGAGCAUGGCUACAUGGCUCUGGGGGUGAUGGUCAAGGGCUUGGUGGUCCAGGUGGUGUUCUCCUUGAUCCUGCCAGUCAGGAUGAGGAACCUGAGGCCUGGACGUAUCCUGUUGGUCAACGGUUGGUUGCAGAGCUGGAGGCAGAGUGAAUGCAGAGACUGUGAGGUCAUUGACCAGCUGGAAGAUGAACAUGAGAUGACAUGUGUGUGA